AUGCCUAUUGAAGAAAAAUCACCAAACAACCGCAAUAGCCAGCCUGUUAAAUAUUCAAAAGGUGUCGAUUCAUUAAAAGAUGAUAAACAAGAGUCUAAGGUUCAGAUAACCGAUACCUUAUAUGAAUAUGAU